UUAGAAGGUAAUGAUCUGCAGCAUUAAUAUUGUUAGCUUGUAGCUCUUUAGGGGAAGAUUGAAUAUGUUGAUCUGCGAAGGUAGAUUAUGUUUACUUUGCAGGAAGUGAAAGUGAAAGUAUGACUAUGACUACACGGAAGCUAAAGAAUACCACCAGCAAAAGAAAAUGACUUCUAAGUUUUCAGAGGAGGAUUUCUCCUGUCCUGUGUGCUUUGAAAUCUUCAAGAAUCCGGUUCUCCUUCAAUGUAGUCACAGUGUGUGUAAAGCGUGCCUGGAGCAGUACUGGGAGACCAAAGGAUCCAGAGAUUGUCCUGUUUGUAGAAAAAGAGCGUCCUUGAGUCCACCACCUAUUAACUUUGCUUUAAGAAACCUGUGUGAGACUUUCUUACAGGAGAGAAGUCAGAGAUCUCCACCAGAGUCUGAAACAGUCUGCAGUCUGCACAGUGAGAAACUCAAUGUCUUCUGUCUGGAUGAUAAAGAGCCAGUGUGUGUGGUGUGUCAAACUUCAAGAAAACACACCGACCACAAAUUCUGCCCCAUUGACGAAGCAGUAACUGACUGUAAGGAGGAGCUCAAGACUGAACUAAAACUCAUACAGGAGAAACUGGAGAACAUUAAACACUGUAAACUGAACUGGAGUCAGACUGCAGAACAUAUAAAGAUUCAGGCCCAACACACAGAGCGGCAGAUUAAGGAGGAGUUUGAGAAGCUCCACCAGUUUCUACGAGAUGAAGAGGCAGUCAGGAUCGCUGCACUGAGAGAGGAAGAGGAGCAGAAGAGUCAAAUGAUGAAGGAGAAGAUUGAGAAUCUGAGCAGAAAUAUAUCGUCUCUUUCAGACACAAUCAGAGUCAUAGAAGAGGAGAUGAGAGCUGAAGACAUCUCGUUCUUACAACACUACAAGGCCACAGUGAAAAGAGCUCAGUGUACACUGCAGCAUCCAGAGGAGCUUUCAGGAGCACUGAUCCAUGUGGCAAAACAUCUGGCCAACCUGAAGUUCAGAGUCUGGGAGAAGAUGCAGGAUGCUGUCCAAUACAUGCCUAUAACACUGGACCCAAAUACUGCAAAUCCUUUUCUCAUUGUAUCUGAUGAUCUGACCAGAGUGAGAGUUAGAGAAGAGGAACAGAAGCUGCCAGACAAUCCAGAGAGACUAGAUGCUUGCUUAUGCAUCCUGGGCUCAGAGGGUUUUAGCUCAGGGUCACACUGGUGGGAUGUUGAAGUUGGAGAUUGUGCAGCCUGGUCACUGGGUGUGAUGACAGAAUCUGCCAAAAGGAAGGGAGAGAUAAACUCCAGAAGUGGACUCUGGUACAUGUGGUAUUAUGAAGGUGAAUAUGGAGGAGGUUCUACACCACAUCAACACAGUGUGUUCUCAUUAGAACAGACACUUCAGAGGAUCAGAGUGCAACUGGACUGGGACAGAGGAAAGCUGUCAUUCUCUGACCCUCUUACUGGUACACAUAUAUACACUUUCACGCACACAUUUACUGACAAAUUACUGCCAUAUUUAGCUGUUGGUUCUGUGGAGUCUUCUCUGAAGGUCCUCCCCAUUCAGUACUAUGGAAAUGUGAAUCACUUAAGGUGUACGUAAGCUCAGCUCGUAAAGUUAUUAAAACAGAGAUUUUAAUAUGACGGAGUAUUAGGCCUCAGAUAUUUGUUAUUUUAAUUUUGAACUUAAAUCGGGUUUUAUUGAAAGAUGUACAGGCUGACUAACUGCAUUUACAAUAAUCAUCUUUUUGGCAUCAUAAAUGCACUAAUAUUAAAUAUAUUUAUCUCACAAUGUCAUGUUCAAUUACACCAAUCGUGCAAAUGUCUUCUGCCGAGCGUACUACAUUCUGAAGACUGUAGAAUUUGUUUGGU